UGGCGCUACAAUACCUAGAAUACUUGAAAACAAAAUCUAAUCAUAGACAGCGCACUUCACUCCGUUAAUAACGCCUAGGUUCUUAGCUACUCUAGCGCUACUCUGGAGAGAUUUGGCUGGACACUUUUGCAAACAACAGUUCGACCAUAAGAGAUUUCACUCCUUUUAAUUCCACACUCCAUACUUUUGAAGUUUGACAGUCGUUCUGGUUCAUAUUAUAGUUCUGUGCACACACCAAACGACAUCGACGUGCAUAACAGUCACAGCAGAGAUAGUCAAUGAUACAAAUAAGAGUCUAAAAAUAAGAUUAUAAUAUAAAUAAUACAUACGAUGCAUAAUUUGGAUUCAGACAGUGAAGAUGAAUUGCCUCCAGGUUGGGAGGAAAAAUCCACCGAAGAUGGAAGUGUUUACUUUGUAAACACAUGCAUAUCCAAGACUCAAUGGACCCAUCCACGUACAGGCCGUAAGAAAGUUAUACCGAAAGAAUUUCCCUUUGGUUGGUCGAAAACUGUAGAUGAAGAGGGGAAGACUUUAUAUGUUCAGCAGGAAACUGGUCAUAAGACUUAUGUGGAUCCCCGACUAGCUUUUGCUAAGGAAGAGAAAAAACAUGUGCAUGAUUUUCGGCAGAGGUUUGAUGCAUCUUCAACUGCAUUUCAAAUUUUACAUGGUGUAGAUUUAUCUGGAAUGUAUGCCAUGAUAACUGGCUGCAACACGGGCAUUGGUUAUGAAACGGCAAAGUCUCUUGCACGACAUGGAUGCAAGAUUUUACUGGCCAAUCGGAAUAUGGAAACCACCCAAACAGCCAUAGAAAACAUUGUGAAAGAGACUAAUGCUGUUGAAGAAAAUUUAAAAGCCAUUCAACUUGAUUUGACAUCCUUACAAAGUGUGAAAAAGUGUGCAAUGAUGGUGAAGACAUUAUUUUCAGAUCAUCUUGAUAUGCUGAUACUGAAUGCUGGAGUAUUUGGUAUCCCAUUCACAGAGACUGAAGACAACUAUGAGACAACAUUCCAGGUGAACCAUCUCAGCCAUCUAUAUCUGGCCAUCUUAUUGGAACCACUACUUAGAAAGGGCUCUAAGGUGAUUUUUGUUUCUUCUGAGUCCCAUCGUUUUGCCAGCCUUAAGAACCUGUUUGCGCAACAAAGCCUUUCGAUGUCUAAGGACCAGUACAGUGCAAUGAUGGCUUACAACAAUUCUAAACUCUUCAACGUUAUAACCGCUAAGAUCCUGAGCGAGGAAUGGAAAGGUAAAGGUAUUUGCGUGAACUCACUGCACCCGGGCAACAUGGUCUACACAAACCUGAGCAAGUCUUGGUGGUUAUACAGGCUAGCGUUCAUGUUUGUCCGACCUUUCACCAAGUCUUGGCAACAAGCAGCCGCCACGACUGUGUACGUAGCCACGGCGGCGGAGCUCGAAGGCGUCACGGGCCUGUAUUUCAACAACUGCUUUUAUUGUGAGGAGUCCGCUUUAUGCAGGGACAAGGAUAUAGCGAAUGAAAUCUUCGCUUUAUCGCUAAGAAUGAUAGAACAGCGCGUAGGCCCCGAUGGCCUUCAGAAAUAUUUGCAGAAAUAUUGUCCACCUAGCAGUAGUGUUCAGGCUUAAGAUCCGUUUACAAAGUGUAUAAAAUAAAGAACCAUGAUGAUGUACGAUAUCGAACGUAUGAUUUAUAUACUUACAGUACAUCAUGUUAAUAUUGUAUCUUGUAGCACGAUAGUCGUAAUAGUCGUUAUACUCUUCGGUGAGGAACUGGUUAUGUAAAUAGUAUGUGUAUAUCCCUUUUUUACUGUUCUAGAGAGUGGUCUAAAACUAGACUAAGAAGUAAGUUUUUUUUGCAUUUAAUUUCAACGAGGGUGCGGGGUGUUAGGGUCGGCAACGCGCAUGUGACUCCUCUGGAGUUGCAGGCGUACAUAGGCUAUGGAGACUGCUUACCAUCAGGCGGGCCGUAUGCUUGUUUGCCACCGACUUAGUAUAUAGAAAAAAUACUGAUAUUUAGAAGGGAAAAGGUGCUAAAAUAAAUACUGUAUUUAAAAUAAAGUUCAGUAAAUGAAUACUACCUUUUACAAUAAUUAUACUUACUGUAAA